GCGGCUUCUCUGCGCGUCUCGAUGCGCCUGAGGUCGCUGUUCUGAGCGUCACCUCUCCUCCUCCUUCUCUUUCGAUUUUGGAGUGAAAAAAUGGAGAAACGCUGCACGGACGCACAAGUUAAAGGAGUCAGCACCGGGACCACCAUCCUGGCUGCCACCUUUGAUGGAGGGGUCGUGAUUGGGUCAGACUCCAGGGCUUCCAUUGGAGGGGAAUAUGUAUCGUCUAGGACCAUCAACAAGGUGGUUCAGGUUCAUGACCAGAUCUUCUGCUGCAUGGCUGGCUCACUCGCGGACGCUCAGGCCGUCACCAAGGCUGCAAAGUUCCACCUGUCCUUCCACAGUGUCCAGAUGGAGACCCCUCCACUGGUGAUAGCAGCAGCGUCGGUGCUGAAAGAACUGUGUUACAAAAACAAAGACGAGCUGCAGGCCGGCUUCAUCACAGCAGGCUGGGACAGGAAGAAAGGACCACAGGUGUACGUGGUGUCUCUAGGCGGGAUGUUAGUCGGUCAGCCAGUUACCAUCGGCGGCUCAGGCAGCACUUACAUCUACGGCUACGUCGACGCCAAAUACAAACCCAACAUGAGCAGAGAGGAGUGCCUACAGUUCGCCACUAAUGCUCUCGCUUUGGCCAUGGGCAGAGACAACGUCAGCGGAGGCGUGGCUCACCUGGUGGUGAUCACGGAAACCGGGGUGGAGCAUGUGGUUGUCCCCGGUAACAAGCUGCCCAAGUUCCACGAUGAGUGACAUGUUGAUGAUGCAUUAUGGAGUCAUGCUUUGUAAUCCCUGAGCUACAGUUUCAUCAGUAAUGUGCUGUAUAGGACUAACUAAUUAUACCAAACUACUAAAUUCUACUCACAACUCAUAUUAUAUUUACAUUAUAUAUGAGGUCAUCUCUGCCUUUUCCUGAGUCCACAUCACAUGCUUUGUGUAUUUUCUCUUAAUGUGUGAGAUACAAAUAAACAUAUUCCAUAAACCUCA